AUGCGCCAAUUCAUACAUACGCAACUGGUUUUUGCAGAAGUUAGACGUCAAGAAAUUGCUGUCGAAAGAGCUCUCAGACGAGAAAGAAUAUUCAGAGACCAAAACAACCCACUCGAUAUUUAUGAUGACAUUGACUUAUAUAAAAGGUUUAUGUUUCGUAGAGCAUCUAUUUUCUAUUUGACAGAUUUGCUGCAAAUAGAUUUACAGCCAAAGUCAAACCAAACUUUAAUUGUGGCACCUAUUUUGCAAUUGUUAUGUGCACUUCGAUUUUAUGCAACAAGAUCUUUUCAAAUUGUGGUUGGUGACUCUACAGCAGCUUUAAGUCAACCGACUGUUUCAAGAACCAUUUGUCGAGUUUCUUUAAGUCUAGCGAAACGAAUUAAUGAAUACAUCAAAUACCCAACAAAUCAACACGUUUUAAACGAGAGCAGAGUGAAAUUUUAUGAAAUUGCAGAAUUUCCAAAAGUAACUGGCGUAAUAGAUUGCACGCAUAUUUGCAUACAGAAACCACACGAGCACGAAUAUGCUUAUGUUGAUAGGUCAUCAAAUCAUUCAAUCAAUGUCCAAGCGGUGUGUGACAACAAAGGAAAGUUCAUUGAUGUUGUUGCAAAAUGGCCUGGGAGCACACAUGAUGCAAGGAUUUUAAGAGAGUCAAAACUUGGUAAGAAAUUUAUGGAUGGAACUUUUAAAGGCUUACUUAUUGGUGAUUCUGGCUAUCCGUGUUUUCGUUGGUUGCUGACGCCCUAUUUAAAUCCAACUACAGCAUCUCAGCAUAGAUAUAAUAUUUUUUUAAGAAAAACAAGAGUUAUAAUUAAACAAGUGUUUGGAAGAUGGAAAAGACGCUUUCAUUUGCUUCAUGGUGAAAUUCGAAUGACCCCUGAAAGAACCUGUACCUUAGUUGCUGCGUGCGCAGUAUUGCACAAUUUAGCAAUACAGUUAAAUGACGGAGACAUGGAUGAAAAUCCAAUCGAAAAUGAUGAAAAUGAUAAUGAAGAUAUAGCAGCUGAAAACAAUUUCCAAUUUCGUGAUGAUUUUGCUUUGCGACAUUUUUGA